AAAAAAAAACAGAAAAAAAGGGAAAAAAAAAGGAAAGGAAAGGCAAAAACGGAGUACGUUUUUUCUACUGCUUCCUCGACUCCUGGUUCUUUCGAGCCCUUUCGCUUUCGGUUCCCACACCACGAAGUUUCUCUUUGGAUCAGAUUCCAGCGUCAGGUAAAUGGGUUUGUGGACACUACUUGAGGGCUGCCUGCUUCUUGCAAAUGCACUAGCAAUAUUAAAUGAGGAUCGCUUCCUUGCUCCUAGGGGGUGGAGCUUCUCGGAAUUCUCAGGGGGCAAGACAAAGUCGUUCAAGGGACAGCUUAUAGGUCUCAUUUAUGCAACCCAAUACUUGAGAGUUCCUCUCAUACUGCUGAACUCAGUCUUCAUUGUGGUAAAGUUGGUGUCCGGAUGAUGCCACUGAAGCCAGAAGGAAUCAUGAACGUUGUCGACUGACGUUCUGGGGGUCUACGAAAGAUUUUUAUUUUUGCUUUUUCUGUAUCUUUUUUCUAUUGAAAGGUUGAAGUGAUAGGUUAGCCAAUGUAAUGACUGCAUCAAAUUGUAUGACUUCUGCAUAUGAAAAACUGACAUCACAAAUCUGUUCUUCUUAGAGAAUUUGCCCGUCUUGCUUCGACAUUGUUAGCAGUGCUAAAUUACUCUCAUACUUGAACAAAUUUAGAAAUAAAGAGUGAAUUUGUUAUA